AAAUAGAGCCGGAAGUACAAACACGUGAGGGAAGAGAGAGGAGUCUGGGUUUUGCAGUCCGGCCCUUGUUGCCAUGGAUCCUGCCCUGUGCUUGGAGCUUCUCUCUUUCCUGAAGCCGGAGACCCGCGCGGAUGUUCGAGCGCAGGCGUUAGAGUACAUUCUGGGUGUGAGUGGGAGCCCCGAGGGGAGACAGAGCUUGUGCGCUGAGCCCCGGCUGCUUUGUGCCCUCCUGGAUCUGAGCACAGAGCAGUCGCCACACGUUGCCCAGGAUGCCCACCAUGUGCUGGUGAAUCUGACGUCAGACUGUGCCGCCCACAGAGCCCUAUUGGCUCACGUUCCCACGCUCCUCCCCUCCAUGCUGAGCCGCCUGCGGGAUCCUGGCUGCCCAUUCGCCGACUCAAUCUGCACGGCGCUCUGCAACCUGAGCCGCGAGGAGGAGACUUGCCAGUCGUUCCUGCGCUCUCUCACCCAGGAGGGUAUGUGCCAACUGCUGGACAUGCUGUGUGCCCCCAAGUACAACCCCCGGGCAUCGCUGGACUACCUGGGGCCCCUCCUGUGCAACCUGACCCAGCUGCCCGAGGGCCGACAUUUCAUACUGGAUAGAAACAGGUGUGUGGUUCAGCGGCUGCUCCCGUAUCUGCAGUCUGGAUCCACAGUGCGGAGAGGGGGAAUUGUGGGAACUCUGAGAAACUGCUGCUUCAGCCACCGAGACCACGCCUGGCUGCUCGGAGAUGAUGUGGAUUUGCUGCCGUUCCUGUUGCUGCCAUUGGCUGGGGGGGAGGAAUUCACAGAGGAGGAGAUGGAAACUCUGCCCCCCGACCUGCAGUACCUGGCGGAGGACAAACAGCGAGAGGCCGACCCCGACAUUCGCAAGAUGCUCAUUGAGACUGUCCUGCUGCUGUGCGCGACUGCUGAUGGGCGGCGCCUUGUCAAACAGAGAGGGACCUACCUGGUAAUGAGAGAGUUGCACUCGUGGGAGAGAGAGCCGUGUGUGAAGAGAGCGUGCGAGAAGCUCAUACAGAUGCUGAUUGGGGAGGAGCCAGAGGCGGGAUUAGAGAAUCUCCUUGAAGUGACCGUCCCACCCGACCUGGAAGAGACCCUCAGCCGCCUGGAUAAGGAAGAGGAGGGGCCACAGGGGACUUUGGUGCAAUAGCCACUGGGCAACCUUGGGACUAAUAGGUGGUUCCUCGCCAAGCCACGGAACUCUGUGCAUUCUCAUUGGUCGAGGCUGAUACAAUAAAUCAGCCAAGUUGCUUUUA